AUGACUGUUUGGUAUCACCAGGAAUUUCGAAAGAACCGGCUCUUUCGAUACAAGCUUGUUGAUUGGCCAGAGAAAGUGAAGCGAAGUCACGAGAAUGGUCCUGCCAUUGCCGAAAAGAUCAAGGUGGAGUAUGAUCGCCCUCCUGUUUCUCCGAAGAGUCGCCGGAUCAGGAGUAGGCGGAUGCCCGAGCUUCCCAACGACGUGCUAGAGCAUGUCUUUAGGCUCUUGCCCAUCAAACAGGCAGUGAGGGCCGGACUCGUAUCAAGAAGAUUCAAGCAAGUUUGGCUUUUCAGCAGGAUGCUACACUUUGGUAGAUGGUUCACAACGCACCAUGGCAUCCUGGAAGCUGUCUCGAUUAUUGACCGCGUUUUCAGGGCUCAUGCGGGUCCUCAGAUCCAAAGCUUCAAGUUGUAUAUCGAUCCAACGGAUAUCGAAGCCAUGGUCAGGAAGUGGAUCGAAAUCUCGAUUUCGAAAGGGGUGGAGGAGCUGGAGCUGAACUUCAUCGCAGCGAGGGUCGAGCCUUUCGAGCUUUCUCGCGAUUUAAUCGAUGUCGAGUCGCUGAGAGUUUUGAAGUUGACCUUCUGUGAAAUUGAUAUCCCGCCAAAUCUCACUAGUCUGCAUCUCCUGGAUACCCUGAUUCUGAAGAAGGUCGAAAUCACGGCGGAGAUGGUCGAAACUUUGAUUCUCAAUUGCACCCUCCUGGCGACUCUUGAACUGGUACGUUGUGAUGCCAUCGGUCAGCUGAAGUUGUCCGCACAGAAUCAUAAGAGGUUUAAGGUGUUAAAGGUGGGAGAUUGCUCGGAUCUUUCACUAAUUGAAAUCAACGCUCCGAGCCUCCGCACGUUUCAUUUCUAUGGCCUAGUACCUCUCUUCCUCUUUGAGGAGAUAUCGCAGCUGAAGGAUGUAGUACUGAAUUUCGUUCCCACAAAAGGUUUCAUGAGACAUUCUUUCGUCCGGAACAUUGUCGACGAUCUCGCUCGCGUUAGCGUUCUCACAGUGAACAGCAUCUUUCUCGAGGGCAUAUCUCCAAAUUACGAAGAUUUAAAGCACAACAUGCAUGGACUGCCAUUUUGGUAUCGCAAUCUAAAGGAAUUCCAACUAAUCAUGCAAGGCGGAGUCUAUUGCAAUACUUAUGAUAUUGCCGCCUUUCUCAGUAAUUGCCCAAUGAUCGAGAAAGUAUUCAUCGAUCUUAAUGACUGCUCUUUUGAAGGGAGCAUUUACUGGGAACUGCAUCAGAAGCAAGAGAUCGAGUCCUUCGGCUUUCUCUGCUGCCUCAAGUUUGUCAAAGUGAAAGGCUUCAGGUUUCAGCAACAUGAACAUGAACUGGUCAAGUUUUUUCUGCACAAGGCGAUCAAUUUGGACGCUCUUGCCCUGGUUAGUGCAAGGAAUCGGCUUUAUCCGAAAUGUUAUUCGGAAUUUAUAGAGAGGUAUCAAAAGUACUUCCAGUGGCAGUCUUCUGCAAGAGCGAUAAUGACGUUUUCUAACGACUGCAAAGACGACACAACCCAUCCAACGCAUCAGAAAAUUUGGCAGGCAUAA